UGGCUUGACUUGGACAUCUCGUCCAUCUCUCCUCGAAAAACAUCUCGAAUCCAGUUCAGGUGCCGAAAGCAACAAAGUGGACCGGUCCGUUUAUGGUGCCUCGUCCGGGACUACCGCCGCUGAACCAGCCUCCCUUCCUCUUCCUCAUCGCAGCCUUCAAAGCAAAUCCGCUUCAAACCGUAAAAGGAAUUAUUUGUCACAAGAAAGGCGACAUUUGGAGUUGAAAACAAGGACGGAAGUUUGCGGUUUUUCCCUACGUCUCCUCCCACUUUUCAAUUUCGCAACUCUUGCUUUUGAAGAUAUUGCAAGCACGUCUAUUUCGGACUAUCGCCAAGCCCCUUUGACCUCGUCACACCUGAUAAUAGCUGCCGCUUUCGAGUGCGGCGCUCGGCGUACAGCAGUGGCGGGACGGCGCCGCGUUCCACUCUUCCCGCCAGACCUGAAACUAAUCUGCAAAACUCUUAAGCAACUCCGAGCUUAAGUGAUUGCUUCGGAAUCCCGUUGCCAUGGAGGCCGGGCUGCAAAAAGCUGAACGUGGAUCUUCAGACCGCUGAAUGUCCUGAGAAGAAGCAUCACAAAUAUGUGGCAAGAAGAGUCCUCAGUGGUUAGAAGACAUCUCACCUGUGGACCAGUAAACCUCACAGACGUGUUACUUGGAUUAUAAAACAACCCCCCCCCCCCAAUCCUCGGACCCACCUUUUGGUUUUUAGACCUUCCUCAUGCACGCAAGACAUGGACUAGUGGCCCAUGAGUAGCAGGACAUCUACAGCUCGUGGGAUUACAUAGCCCCAGACUUUUUCAGGGGUCACUUUACUCCUUCAAGUAAACCCGAUGGCAUUACUCAGGUUGUUCAGGAAGCCCGGAAGCAAUCUGGGGAAGGGCUACCAGCCGGGGAGCAUGAUGUCUCUGGCCCCCACCAAAGGACUGCUGAACGAACCGGGCCAGAACAGCUGCUUUCUCAACAGCGCCGUGCAGGUUCUUUGGCAGCUUGACAUCUUCAGACGAAGCUUGAGGCAGCUACCAGGCCACUUCUGUUUAGGCGAGUCGUGCAUUUUUUGCGCAUUAAAGGGCAUUUUCUCCCAGUUCCAGCACAGUCGGGAGCGAGCGCUGCCUUCAGACAACCUGCGUCACGCCUUGGCCGAGACCUUUAAGGACGAGCAGCGCUUCCAGCUGGGCUUCAUGGACGAUGCCGCAGAGUGCUUUGAAAAUAUACUGGAGAGAAUCCACUUGCACAUCGUGCCCGAGGAGACGGACGCGUGCACCUCAAAGUCUUGCAUCACCCAUCAGAAGUUUGCCAUGUCGCUUUACGAGCAGUCUGUGUGCCGUAGCUGCGGGGCCUCAUCUGACCCGCUGCCGUUUAUAGAGCUGGUUCAUUACGUCUCCACCACCGCGCUCUGCCAACAGAUGUUACAGCGCAAGGACGAAACUUUUGGAGAACUGUUACAAGCGGCGUGUACAGUCGGAGACCUCCGUAACUGUCCCAGCAAAUGUGGCCAGAGGAUUCGGAUCCGACGUGUCCUCAUGAACUCCCCAGAGAUCGUCACCAUCGGCUUCGUGUGGGAUUCGGACCAGUCGGACCUCACCGAGGACGUGAUACGCUCGCUGGGGCCUCACCUCAGCUUGUCAGCGCUUUUCUACAGAGUGACCGACGAGCACGCCAAAAAGGGUGAGCUGCAGCUGGUGGGGAUGAUCUGCUACUCCAGCCGCCACUACUGUGCCUUCGCUUACCACACCAAGACCUCCAAGUGGGUCUUCUUCGAUGACGCCACCGUCAAAGAGGUCGGGUCCAGGUGGAAAGAUGUGGUCAGCAAAUGUAUUAAAGGUCACUUCCAGCCUCUCCUGCUGUUUUACGCCAACCCGAAUGGCAGCGCCAUAACGCCAGAGGAUGCGUCACAACAGAACCUGAGGCAAACCCAGUACAAGAAACUUGAAAAUAAAGAAGGUGUGACAUCUCCACUUGCGUCUCCGAAGAAGCUGGAACUGACCAAGGAGAAUCUGAACGCGCUGCUGAGUUUCCCACGCUCGUUACAUCAGAAAACGUCAAACACCUUUAGCCGCAGCGGUGCUCAUACUAGCGGAGGACGUGGGCAAGUGAAAAUCGGCACCGACGAGCCUAAGCGUCAAUUCCGAGAGAUCGUAAGAGAAGUCACGCAGCGAGCCGGCAGAGAGGCCCAUCCAGUUGGAAGAGACUCUGAUCGAAGCGGUCAUCGCCGGCCGGAAUCACGCUCCAGAGAGCCGGGUCAAGACCGGGCCAACUCUCGCUCUAUCUCCCCCCCGGAAAUGAAUUUCAGGCAACACGUAGAGCCUCGUCUGUACAGCAGUCAGGGGAAAGGUCCCACGCGGAGUGAGCGCCCACCACAACUUAGCAGCAGGCCUUCUCACGAGUCCUUUCACUCCAGCUCGAGGGUUCAAGUGUUACCCAGUUUGGCGGGCGUUAGAAGCGCUCAGUACAGCAGGAGAGCGGACACCAACGGUUACGACACAGAUAGCAGCCAGGACUCCCGCGGGCGUCCCGGGAGUGCGGGAAACGGUCGCAGCAGAUCCAAUCGUCCCUGGAAGCCGAUGAGGGAGGCGCUCAAUGUGGACAGCAUUUUAAGAAGCGACGACGGCGAGGUGGCCGGUCCAGAGCGGAGAUGGCCUCGCAGCAAGUCGCCUACGCGAGAGUGGGAGGUGAUGUCGGGUGGCCGGGAGGAGCGCAAGCCCAAUAACCUUAUGACCAUCUACGAGGACGACCAGAGGCACGAAAACGGCAGCAGUCGCAGCUCGCUGGAUUCGCUCGGCCGGGGCGGCUACGGUGACAAGGACAGGACGAAGGGCACGGCGACUCUUAAAGUCUACGACAACUGGAAAAUCCAGCGAACGGAAUCCGGCUACGAGAGCAGCGACAGAAUUAGCAAUAGCUCGGCCAAUCUGGACUCGCCCGUUGUGGAGAACUUUCCCCCUAAAGAAUUACGGCCCAUACCCGAGCUGCAUCUGUCACGGGAUAUAUUCCCUCCGAGGGGAAGCGACGAUGACAAAUCGGAAACUUCCUCUCCUCCUGGUGAACUAGGGAAAAAGUCUCUGAACCUGCAUGACUCAAACAAUCCUUUACAGAGAAAAAGAGCCUUCCGAUACACUCCUGGAGUCUUGGAAAACAACGGCCUGGACAGCGAGAAAGAAGAAAACAUUGAUAGUCCAGUGAGCCCGGUUCCGCCUUACUUGCCAAAGACUAUCAGUUCUGAUUGGAUCAGUUCAGACGACCUCGGACGCUUCUCUGAACACGAGGAGCUCCGCAAUGAUGACUUUGCACGCAACUCCCCCCCUCCGCUACCCCCUAAACACUUUGGCGGAGAUUACACGAGCCUGUCAGAACCGCCAGUACUACCGUCCCGCCGUCCCAAAAGCACCACCCCUGCACUCUCAAACAACACCCUCAUCCGCUGGAUCGAGACGCCCGCCGAGCGCAGGCUCUCGUCCGACGCCAGCUCCAGCAGGUCUUCGGACCAGGACCGCAACGACUUUUCGGAGAGCGAAGAGCGGCUCCCGGGCCGAGAAGGCGCCGACUCCCCCGAUGUGGUUCUGCCCACAACUUACUUCUCGGUGGAUAACUGCAUGACGGACACUUACCGAGCCAAAUACCAUAAAAGGCCCGCCUUAUACAUGAGAGCGGAGGAGCACACGUCUUCAGGGGAGAGCGAUGUGGACGCCAGAGGACUUCCUGUGUCAAAUGCUGAGUCAUCACAACUCCCUGCACACCGACCACAACCAGGCUAUUCCACUUCCAACAAGCCCGUUGCAAAGUGGAACCCGGUGACCCCGAAAGGACUCGAUGAGCAUGGUUUCCUGUAGGGGGCGCUAAAUGAGCCUCUCACAUGAUGACCACACCUACUGCCUCCCUCUCCGAAAAAAAUCACUAUGCAUCACGACUGACUGUUGUACUGAAUGUGUUGAACGAGAAUGUGGUGUGGCAGAUUGCUCCUCUGAACAAGAUUGAAUGAAAACUGAAUUUGCACAACCAGAAAGGUACAAAAAAAAGGAACUGUCCUGCUUUCAGGUCAAAAGUGUACCAACUCCUGAGCAACUAUGGUACAUUAAUGGAUCCUAGGGAUUCGUAUAAAUGGGUACACCCACAAAGGGAGGUGCGUACUGCAGCACUCCAGAGCAGGCUUUCCCUAAUUUAGGGGCAGGAGCCAAAAUGGGCCGAGGUGGAAUCCGGUGCCAAUGUCUUCCUCCUGUCUCUUUUGUGUUAAUAAUAAAGGCCGGGCAGAUUGACCCUCCUAAGGUGACAAAUAAUUAAUGCUUUUUUGCAGCAAGUAUGUGGCACAAACAGAGUCUUAGCACUGGAUGACACUCCUAACUGUACUAUUUUAUUUUGUAGGAAAAUACAAGCGUUUUGUUCCGGGUAAUUGUAGUCAUAAUAAAAUGUUCUAAAUAUAUGUACUAUUUGGUCAUGGUUCACUGUUUAAUAAGUGACACAGUGCCUUUUUGUAUUUUUUUUUAGUGCCAAAGCAAGGUUUGAAUCAGCUGUAAUUUGUAAUUUUACUUUUGGAUUCCAGAGAUUUUAUUUUAUUUGUAUUGAUUACCACUUGUUGAGUAAAAUAAACCGUUUUAAUUAAA